CUGGGAGUGGGCGGGCCAUUUCUUGUUCUAGACUACCGUGGGGCCUUCGUCCAGGGGUGCGGAAGCUGGCAGAAGCGGUCCAGAAAGGCAGCUGUUACAGACUCCACCCCAAACAUAGCUAGGGGCCGUAAGUAACCAAGGCCGGCGUGUUCCUCAGGCCGCUCUAGCCAAAGGAACCAUAAACAUCAGAUCAAGUCUUCCUCAUUUCCUCCUCUCUGUGGCUCCGCCUCCAGCUUCCGGUUCCGGGGAGGGGCCGAGUUGUCUUCGAGGUUUAGGGGAUUCGCGAUCCAGCUAGAAUGGCUGUCGUACCGCUGCUGCUGUUUGGGGGUUUUUGGGGCGCUGUGGGAGCGUCCAAUCUGGCUGUCGUUACUUGCGGCUCUGUGGUGAAGCUUCUCAAUACGCGCCACAACGUCCGACUGCACUCGCACGACGUGCGCUAUGGGUCAGGUAGUGGUCAGCAGUCAGUGACAGGUGUAACCUCUGUGGAUGACAGCAACAGUUACUGGAGGAUACGAGGGAAGACCGCCACAGUGUGUGAAAGGGGAACCCCCAUCAAGUGUGGCCAGCCCAUCCGGCUGACACAUGUCAACACUGGCCGAAACCUCCAUAGUCACCACUUCACUUCACCUCUUUCUGGAAACCAGGAAGUGAGUGCUUUUGGUGAGGAAGGUGAAGGUGAUUAUCUGGAUGACUGGACAGUGCUUUGUAAUGGGCCCUACUGGGUGAGAGAUGGUGAGGUGCGGUUCAAACAUUCUUCUACUGAGGUACUGCUGUCUGUCACAGGAGAACAAUAUGGCCGACCCAUCAGUGGACAAAAGGAGGUACAUGGUAUGGCCCAGCCAAGCCAGAACAACUACUGGAAAGCCAUGGAAGGCAUCUUCAUGAAGCCCAGUGAGUUGCUGAAGGCAGAAGCCCACCAUGCAGAGCUAUGAAUUUAGAGACUCUGAGCCACUGUCACCACACAGUGUUUAUAGACAUGAUCUGCUGCUUCACCCUGGGGACCCUGCAGCAAGUUCCCUGGGCAGUGGCCAUGUCACCACUGAGAUCUAGAUGCAUGACAGAAAACAGUGGUUGUGUUUGGAAGCUUCAGCCCUUCACACUUUAAUUGGUUGCUCUCCCAGAUGUGAGUCAGUUCUUUCUGAGGACAUGCUGGUGAAGGAACAGAUGAUUUUUAUUCACAUUGAUAAAACAUACUGAGGGGGACAUCCCUCUUAGCUGGGAAACUUUUACUCCUCAAGAACUUGGCAUUGUGGAUUGUUAAUGUGUGUGACUUUCCCCCUAUUUCUCCAGUAUGAUUUUUAAAAAAAAGAAUUUUACUAU